UGCUCCUGGGGAUUGAAGGGGGAGGACCCACGUUGAGCGCUCCAGUUUAACUUCACAAAGUUCUCAUAUUGUGCACGACUUCUUUCGACUCGUGCUAUGGAGUUCCUUCUGCCCAACCCUACUUUAGGACUAGUUCACUCACCGAUACGCAACCGCGACGUUCACCUAGGGGCCACCAGCAAUAACUGUUAUAACGAACCGCGGCUUCCGGCUGGCGCGGAUGGAUGACGCAUUUCCAGCACCAGAGCCAACCAUAAUCGAUGGGGCGGGGCUGCCCUUCGUGCGAGAAGACGCAUUUAAGGGAAGAGCUGCAGGCGGGGCCUGAAUGAGUCCCUGGAGGUAGCAGGGUCACGCUGUUGGCCUGCAGGCAAAUAAAUAGUCGCGAGCUGGCGGGAGACUGGUUUGGGUGACGUUUAAUGAGUUUUGGCGGGUUCUGAGGAAAGGUGGACUUACAGGAAGUGCCCACAAAGGGUAGAAGAAGUUGUGGGAUUCCCUGGAAUUGGAACUACUGGCAGUUUGUGUGCACCAUGUGGAUGCUGGGAUCGAAUGGCCAAUGCUCUUAACUACUGAGGUAUCCAUAUAGUCCCUACUUUUUUCUUUUAGAAACAUUUCUAGUCUUUGAGAAUUUCAUAGAUGUAUGCAAUAUAUUUUCAUUAUCUCCACUCCCUAUUCCCUCCAACUCGUCCUAGACCCUUCCUACCACAUUCCCCUUCCAAUUUCAUAUUCUCUUUAAAACAAAAGACCAAAUCAAAACCAAACAAACAAAAACCUCACUGAGACCACUUAAGCAUUUAAUAAUUUAAAAAGCACAAGAGUGCCUAUAGACCAGCAAGUAUUAUGGUACUAAUCUAUAAGGAAGGCAGGAUAUCUUGUGGCUCGCGCUCUCUCUCUCUCUCUCUCUCUCUCUCUCUCUCUCUCUCUCUCUCUCUCUCUCUGUGUGUGUGUGUGUGUGUAUUACACACAUAGUUUGGUUUUCACCCUCCAAAGGGCACAUAAAAAUGUUUAAACAGAGACAAAUUUUAAGAAAAUCAUCUUAAAUGAAUUUCUGCUUGAUACCUUGUCCCCCAAACCAAAACCAAAACCAAAAUUUCGUGCUACAUAUAUUUAAAAUUCAAUUUGGUGUGCUUAAAACAGGUAUUAGGGAGCUAUAAAAUAUUAGUUAAUCUUUAUUAAGGAGAACAGUUUGGAUGGACUAGCGUUGAGUCUGUGUUAAGUCUAUUAACUUGUAUUUCGUGUAUUUUUUUUUUACUUAAAAGAUUCUUUUAGGUUAUCAAAAUGACUUACUGGUUAAAAGGUUCAGGCUAGCAAGUCUUGACAGCCUGAGUUCAAUCUGUGGGGUGGCUUGUAGAUUACUGCUGUUCCCUGACAUAGAGAAAGCACACUUCUUUCUUACAAUGGGAGGUAGUUACUAUAGAACAUUCAUAACUUGUCGAACUGCAAGGAAUGUUUCUGUUGCUGUGGUAUAGCUGCUCAAGGUGGUAGAAAAGAAUAAUCACUUAUAUUAUUCUAAGUCUUGGAGAACACUGUAGAAGAUGGGAUGGAAAGAAUGUGAAAGCUGCAGAAAGGGAGCGUUGUCUCACUUCUUACACUGUGUUGGGCAUAACCAUUGCUGUUUUGAAUAAGAGCAGAUGUGAUCACUUUAUGAGAUCAGGCCUAUUAACAGUUCCUCAUGGAAGUAGAAGGGAGGCUUAUGUGGCUCGUGCUUUCAAAAUCCACAUGAAACCCUCAUGAGACUCAGGAUCCAGCCUAUUAAUAUAUUCUUUGUUAAGAGAGUAGAGAGGUUUGUGAGGUCAUAGGGUCAAAGACCUUCCUUUCCUCAAGGGAAAGAAGUGGACUGGGGUGGAAAUUUUUGGUAGUAUAGCUUCCCCUACGUAUUUUUUUUUUUUUUUGGCAACUGAGGUGGCAUAGCUUCAUCUGAGUCAGCCAUGCUAUAAAUGAGACUCUCCAGUGCUCCAGCUUUUUGUGAGUUGUCCAUGCUGCAGGUGGGAUUAGUCAGCGGGAUAGCUGCCUAUGAGUUGCUCUGGAUUUCUCAGUUGUGUAACACUUUGUGUCACCCAUGCGCCAACAAAUAAUCACAAUAAAUUAAUUUUUAUUCACCAAACUGCACUCAGACAGGAUCCUGUUGGCCUAUUGGUACCCUCUCAUCUGGAGUAAAAUGUUAUUUCCUGGAAGAAACUGAUAUGAGAUACUCUCGUCUCUCUCUCUCUCUCUCUCUCUCUCUCUCUCUCUCUCUCUCUCUCUAGCUAGUGUGAAUGGGGUUGAUUUCAUGAUUUCUAUUUCAGCAAAUUCAUUAUUGGUAUAUAGAAAACAAUCCACUAAUUUUUGAAUAUUGAUUUUACUUUUCUGCUACUUUGGUGAAAUUUUUGUCAGUUCUAAUAGUCAUUUAGUGGAGUCUCUAGGUCUUUCUGCUUAUAGAUAAUGAGGCAAAUUAUCUUUUAGGCAUAGAUGAUAGAUGGUUCGUCUUCCUGGGUCUUUUGUGUGGAGAUUUUUAUCUAGUCAGGAAUUGAUCUGGGUUUGGUAUUUUUUUUUUUUGCUAUAGGCAACCUUAGUUUUAGAUUUUCCUGGUGGUAUAUAGUUUUUAUCUUUCUACUUGGCUUUGGACUCUCCCUUUGUUCCUAUUUACAGACACAAUUUCUCUUCUUCUCCCACCAUAUUUCAGUUUCUUUUGAUUGGUAGUGAAGUGGUCGUGUUUGUAGUGAGGGUCAUCUUUGGUAUUCUGAUUAAGCUCUGUCUUUGACAGGCGCUGUGUAUCAGUGUUGAGGAUAAAAGGUAAAGCUUGAUACUGCCCAUUCUUCCUUUUAUCUACUUGUAGUAAAAUCUAUCCAGUGUUUGCAGAUGUCGGUUUUGGCUCAUUUUUCCAUGGAGACUAAAUCUUUUCUAUAAGAAGUGAAUCUGGAUAGAUUUCAUAGUGAUCUCCUUAGCCAGAACCUUGAAAAGAGAAGACUUUCUUUUGACUUUUAUAUUGUAGGGUUCCUAGAGGUAAAACCUGUAAAACCUUUGAAAUGUCCAAUGUCUGCAGUUCCUAAGAACUUCAUGAUGUCAUGCUAACCUACACUUGUUCUUGGCAAUGUACUAAAGGUUCUAGUGUACACUCUCCAGUAGCUUAUAUGACUGAUAUUCAGCACAUAUCUAACCCAGGUAAGCAGAUGCUCAGGUCCUGUUUUCUCCCACACUCACCUGUUUCUCUUCAUAUUUUACAGUAGUGUUUGCUGUGUGACUUCGGUUUUACUGAUACUACUUGGGAGUAUCAGUUACUUUUCUGUGCUAAAAAGCAAUUAUUUGGGUUAUAUCCCCUAAAAUCCCCUUCUGAGAAUGUAGUCUUGGACAAGCAUGGAAGUACCAUAUAUGCCACAGAAGAAAUAGCAUAGCAGGGGCUGGAGAGAUGGCUCAGUGGUUAAGAGCACUGACUGUUCUUCCAGAGGUCCUGAGUUCAAAUCCCAGCAACCACAUGGUGGCUCACAACCAUCUGUAAUGGGAUCUGAUGCCCUCUUCUGGUGUGUCUGAAGAUGGCUACAGUGUACUUAUAUAGUAUAAAUAAAUUUUAAAAAGGCAUAGCUAAGUCUUAGAGUUUUACUGCAGUGAACAGAUACCAUGAUCAUGACAGAUCUUUUUUCUUUUUAUGAAAUAUUGGAUUUCUUUUCUUUUUUCUUUAUUGGAUAUUUUUAUUUACAUUUCAAAUGUUAUUCCCUUUCCCGGUUUGCUGUCUAUAAGCCCCGUAUCCACUCCCCCUCCCCCUUCUUCUAUGAGGGUGUUACCCCUCCCAAACCACCCCCAUUCCCACCUCCCCGCCCUGACAUUCCCCUAUACUGGGCGGGGGGGGGGUCGAUUCUUGGCAGGACCAAGGGCUACUUCUCCCAUUGGUGCCCAAUAAGGCCAACUUCUGCUAUAUAUGCAGCUGGAGCCAUGGGUCAGUCUAUGUGUAGUCUUUGGGUAGUGGUUUAGUCCCAGGGAGCUCUGAUUGGUUGGCAUUGUUGUUCUUAUGGGGUGCAAGCCCAUUCAGUUCUUUCAGUCCUUUUUCUAAUUCCCCCAAUGAGGAGCCCGUUCUCAGUUCAAUGGUUUCCUGCAAGCGUUCGCCUCUAUAUUUGACAUACUCUGGCUGGACCUCUCAGGAGACAGGUAUAUCAGGCUCCUGUCAGCAUGCACUUCUUGCUUCCAUGCACUUGUUGCUUCAUCAUUAUUGUUUAGUUUUGGGGUGUGUGUGUGUGUGUGUGUGUGUGUGUGUGUGUGUGUGUAUGUAUGUAUGUAUGUGUGUGUGUGUAUGCUGAAUUCCCAGGUGGGGCAGGCUCUGAAUGACCAUUUCUUCAGUCUCUGUUCCAAACUUUGUCUCCAGAUCUCCUCCUAUGAAUAUUUUUGUUCCUCCUUUGGAGAAGGACUGAAGCAUCUGCACUUUGGCUGUCCUCCUUCUUGAGCUUUGUGUGGUCUAUGGAUUGUAUGUUGGAUAAUUUGAGCUUUUGGGCUAAUAUCCACUUAUCAGUGAGUGCAUACCUUGUGUAUUUUUUUGGGGGGGUACCUCACUCAGGAUGAUAUUUUCUAAUUCUAUUCAUUUGCCUAUGAAUUUCAUGAAGUCAUUGUUUUUGAUAGCUGAGUAGUACUCCAUUGUGUAGAUGUACCACAUUUUCUGUAUCCAUUCCUCUGUUGAAGGGCAUUUGGGAUCUUUCCAGCUUCUGGCUAUUAUAAAUAAGGCUGCUAUGAACACAGUGGAGCAUGUCUCUUUGCUGUAUGUUGGGGCAUCUUUUGGGUAUAUGCCCAGGAGUUGUAUAGCUGGGUCCUCAAGUAGUACAAUGUCCAAUUUUCGGAGGAACCUCCAGACUGAAUUCCACAAUGGUUGUAACAGUCUGCAAUCCCACCAACAAUGGAGGAGUGUUCCUCUUUCUCCACAUCCUCUCCAGCAUCUGCUGUCACCUGAGUUUUUCAUCUUGGCCAUUCUGACUGAUGUGAGGUGGAAUCUCAGGGUUGUUUUGAUUUGCAUUUCCCUGAUGACUAAGGACAUUGAACAUUUCUUUAGGUGCUUCUCAGCUAUUUGAUAUUCCUCAGUUGAGAAUUAUUUGUUUAGCUCUGUACCCCAUUUUUAAUAGGGUUAUUUGGCUCUCUGGAGUCUAUCUUAUUGAGUUCUUUGUAUAUAUUGGAUAUUAGCCCUCUUUUGGAUGUAGUAUUGGUAAAGAUCUUUCCCAAUCUGUUGGUUGCCGUUUGUUCCAAAUGACAGUGUCCUUUGCCUUACAGAACCUUUUAUGAGGUCGAUUCUUGAUCUUAGAGCAUGAGCCAUUGGUGUUUUGUUAAAGAAAUUUUCCCCAGUACCCAUGUGUUUGAGGCUCCUCCCAACUUUUUCUUCUGUUAGUUUGCAUGUAUCUGGUUUUAUGUGGAAGUCUUUGAUUCAGUUGGACUUAAACUUUGUACAGGGUGAUGAGAAUGGGUUGAUUUUCAUUCUUCUACAUGCUGGCUUCCAGUUGAACCAGCAGCAUUUGUUGAAAAUGCUCUUUUUUGCGAUGGAUGUUUUUAGCUCCUUUUUCAAAGACCAAGUGACCAUAGGUGUGUGGGUUCAUUUCUGGGUCUUCAAUUCUAUUCUACUGGUCUAUCUGCCUGUCUCUCUACCAAUACCAUACUUUUUUUUUUAAAUCACUAUUGCUCUGUAAUAGAGCUUGAAGUCACGGAUGGUGAUUCCCCCAGAAGUUCUUUUUUUUUUCCUUUUUUUUCUUUAUUAACCUGAGUAUUUCUUAUUUGCAUUUCAAAUGUUAUUCACUUUCCCGGUUUCCAGGCCAACAUCCCCCUAGCCCCUCCCCCUCCCCUUCUUUUUGGCUGUUCCACUCCCCAUCCUCCCCCCAUUACCGCCCUCCCCCCAACAAUCACGUUCACUGGGGGUUCAGACUUAGCAGGACCAAGGGCUUCCCCUUCCACUGGUGCUCUUACUAGGCUAUUCAUUGCUACCUAUGAGGUUGGAGCCCAGGGUCAGUCCAUGUAUAGUCUUUGGGUUGUGGCUUGGUCCCUGGAAGCUCUGGUUGGUUGGCAUUGUUGUUCAUAUGGGGUUUCGAGCCCCUUCAAGCUCUUCCAGUUCUUUCUCUGAUUCCUUCAACGGAGGUCCUGUUCUCAGUUCAGUGGUUUGCUGCUGGCAUUCGCCUAUGUAUUUGCUGUAUUCUGGCUGUGUCUCUCAGGAGAGAUCUACAUCCGGUUCCUGUCAGUCUGCACUUCUUUGCUUCAUCCAUCUUGUCUAAUUGGGUGGCUGUAUAUGUAUGGGGCACAUGUGGGGCAGGCUCUGAAUGGGUGUUCCUUCUGCCUCUGUUUUAAUCUUUGCCUCUCUAUUCCCUGCCAAGGUAUUCUUGUUCCCCUUUUAAAGAAGGAGUGAAGCAUUCGCAUUUUGAUCAUCCGUCUUGAGUUUAAUGUGUUCUGUGCAUCUAGGGUAAUUCAAGCAUUUGGGCUAAUAGCUACUUAUCAAUGAGUGCAUACCAUGUGUGUUUUUCUGUGAUUGGGUUACCUCACUCAGAAUGAUAUUUUCCCUCCAUUUGACUGAAUUUCAUAAACUCAUUGUUUUUGAUAGCUGAGUAAUAUUCCAUUGUGUAGAUGUACCACAUUUUCUGUAUCCAUUCCUCUGUUGAAGGGCAUCUGGGUUCUUUCCAGAUUCUGGCUGUUAUAAAUAAGGCUGCUAUGAACAUAGUGGAGCACGUGUCUUUUUUAUAUGUUGAGGCAUCUUUUGGGUAUAUGCCCAAGAGAGGUAUAGCUGGGUCCUCAGGUAGUUCAAGGUCCAAUUUUCUGAGGAACCUCCAGACUGAUUUCCAGAAUGGUUAUACCAGUCUGCAGUCCCACCAACAAUGGAGGAGUUUUCCUCUUUCUCCACAUCCUCGCCUUUUGCUGUCACCUGAGUUUUUGAUCUUAGCCAUUCUAACUGGUGUGUGGUGAAAUCUCAGGGUUGUUUUGAUUUGCAUUUCCCUUAUGACUAAAGAUGUUGAACAUUUCUUUAGGUGUUUCUCAGCCAUUCGGCAUUCCUCAGCUGUGAAUUCUUUGUUUAGCUCUGAACCCCAUUUUUUAAUAGGGUUAUUUGUUUCCCUGCGGUCUAACUUCGUGAGUUCUUUGUAUAUUUUGGAUAUAAGGCCUCAAUCUGUUGUAGGAUUGGUAAAGAUCUUUUCCCAAUCUGUUGGUUGCCGUUUUGUCCUAACCGCAGUAUCCUUUGCCUUCCAGAAGCUUUGCAGUUUUAUGAGAUCCCAUUUGUCGAUUCUUGAUCUUAGAGCAUAAGCCAUUGGUGUUUUGUUCAGGAAUUUUCUCCAGUGCCCAUGUGUUCGAGUUGCUUCCCCACUUUUUCUUCUAUUAGUUUGAGUGUAUCUGGUUUGAUGUGGAGUUCCUUGAUCCACUUGGACUUAAGCUUUGUACAGGGUGAUAAGCAUGGAUCAAUUUCUUCUACAUGUUGACCUCCAGUUGAACCAGCACCAUUUGCUGAAAAUGUUAUCUUUUUUCCAUUGGAUGGUUUGGCUCCUUUGUCAAAAAUCAAGUGACCAUAGGUGUGUGGGUUCAUUUCUGGGUCUUCAAUUCUAUUCCACUGGUCUACUUGUCUGUCUCUGUACCAAUACCAUGCAGUUUUUAAUCACUAUUGCUCUGUAAUACUGCUUGAGUUCAGGAAUAGUGAUUCCCACUGAAGUCCUUUUAUUGUUCAGGAUAGUUUUAGUUAUCCUGGGUUUUUUGUUAUUCCAGAUGAAUUUGCAAAUUGUUCUGUCUAACUCUUUGAAGAAUUGGAUUGGUAUUUUGAUGGGGAUUGCAUUGAAUCUGUAGAUCGCUUUUGGUAAAAUGGCCAUUUUUACUAUAUUAAUCCUGCCAAUCCAUGAGCAUGGGAGAUCUUUCCAUCUUCUGAGGUCUUCAAUUUCUUUCUUCAGAGGCUUGAAGUUCUUAUUGUACAAAUCUUUUACUUGCUUGGUUAAAGUCACACUGAGGUACUUUAUAUUAUUUGGGUCUAUUAUGAAGGGUGUCGUUUCCCUAAUUUCUUUCUCGGCUUGUUUCUCUUUUGUGUAGAGGAAGGCUACUGAUUUAUUUGAGUUAAGUUUAUUCCCAGCCCCUUUGCUGAAGUUGUUUAUCAGCUUUAGUAGUUCUCUGGUGGAACUUUUGGGAUCGCUUAAAUAUACUACCAUAUCAUCUGCAAAUAGUGAUAUUUUGACUUCUUCUUUUCCGAUCUGUAUCCCCUUGACCUCCUUUUGUUGUCUGAUUGCUCUGGCUAGAACUUCAAGAACUAUAUUGAAUAAGUAGGGAGAGAGUGGGCAUCCUUGUCUAGUCCCUGAUUUUAGUGGGAUUGCUUCAAGUUCCUCUCCAUUAGUUUAAUGUUAGCAACUGGUUUGCUGUAUAUAGCUUUUACUAUGUUUAGGUAUGGGCUUUGAAUUCCUAUUCUUUCCAGGACUUUUAUCAUGAAGGGAUGUUGAAUUUUGUCAAAUGCUUUCUCAGCAUCUAAUGAAAUGAUCAUGUGGUUUUGUUCUUUCAGUUUGUUUAUAUAAUGGAUGACGUUGAUGGUUUUCCUCAUAUUAAACCAUCCCUGCAUGCCUGGGAUGAAGCCUACUUGAUCAUGGUGGAUGAUUAUUUUGAUGUGCUCUUGGAUUUGGUUUGUCAGAAUUUUGUUGAGUAUUUUUGCAUUGAUAGUCAUAAGGGAAAUUGGUCUGAAGUUCUCUUUCUUUGUUGGGUCUUUGUGUGGUUUAGGUAUAAGAGUAAUUGUGGCUUCAUAGAAGGAAUUCUGUAGUGCUCUAUCUGUUUCAAUUUUGUGGAAGACUUUGGAUACUAUUGGUAUGAGGUCUUCUAUGAAGGUCUGAUAGAAUUCUGCUCUAAACCCAUCUGGACCUGGGCUCUUUUUGGUUGGGAGACCUUUAAUGACUGCUUCUAUUUCCUUAGGCGUUAUGGGGUUGUUUAACUGGUUUAUCUGUUCCUGCUUUAACUUCGCUACCUGGUAUGUCCAUUUCCUGCAGAUUUUCAAGUUUUGUUGAAUAUAGGCUUUUAUAGUAAGAUCUGAUGAUUUUUUGAAUUUCCUCUUAAUCUGUAGUUAUGUCUCCCUUUUCUUUUCUGAUUUUGUUAAUUUGGACGCACUCUCUGUGUCCUCUCGUUAGUCUGGCUAAGGGUUUAUCUAUGUUGUUGAUUUUCUCAAAGAACCAACUUUUGCUUCUGUUGAUUCUUUCUAUGGUCCUUUUUGUUUCUACUUGGUUGAUUUCAGUUCUGAGUUUGAUUAUUUCCUGCCUUCUUCUCCUCCUGGGUGUAUUUGCUUCUUUUUGUUCUAGAGAUUUUAGGUGUGCUGUCAAGCUGGUGACAUAUGCUCUCUCCUGUUUCUUUCUGCAGGCACUCAGUGCUAUGAGUUUUCCUCUUAGCACAGCUUUCAUUGUGUCCCAUAAGUUUGGGUAUGUUGUACCUUCAUUUUCAUUAAAUUCUAAAAAGUUUUUAAUUUCUUUAUUUCUUCCUUGACCAGGUUAUCAUUGAGUAGAGCAUUGUUCAACUUCCACGUAUAUGUGGGCAUUCUUCCCUUAUUGUUAUUGAAGACCAGUUUUAGGCCGUGGUCGUCUGAUAGCAUGCAUGGGAUUAUUUCUAUCUUUCUGUACCUGUUGAGGCCCGUUUUUUGACCAAUUAUAUGGUCAAUUUUGGAGAAAGUACCAUGAGGAGCUGAGAAGAAGGUAUAUCCUUUUGCUUUAGGAUAGAAUGUUCUAUAAAUAUGUUAAGUCCAUUUGGCUCAUGACGUCUCUUAGUCUGUCUACGUCUCUGUUUAAUUUCUGUUUCCAUGAUCUGUCCAUUGAUGAGAGUGGGGUGUUGAAAUCUCCUACUAUUAUUGUGUGAGGUGCAAUGUGUGUUUUGAGCUUUAGUAAGGUUUCUUUUACAUAUGUAUGUGCCCUUGUAUUUGGGGCAUAGAUAUUUAGGAGUGAGAGUUCAUCUUGGUGGAUUUUUCCUUUGAUGAAUAUGAAGUGUCCUUCCUUAUCUUUUUUGAUGAAUUUUAGUUGAAAAUUGAUUUUAUUUGAUAUUAGAAUGGCUACUCCAGCUUGCUUCUUCUGACCAUUUGCUUGGAAAGUUGUUUUCCAGCCUUUCACUCUGAGGUAGUGUCUGUCUUUGUCUCUGAGGUGUGAUUCCCGUAGGCAGCAGAAUGCAAGGUCCUCGUUGCGUAUCCAUUUUGUUAAUCUAUGUCUUUUUAUUGGGGAGUUGAGGCCAUUGAUGUUGAGAGAUAUUAAGGAAUAGUGAUUGUUGCUUCCUGUUAUAUUCAUAUUUGGAUAUGAGGUUAUGUUUGUGUGCUUUUCUUCUCUUUGUUUUGUUGCCAAGACGAUUAGUUUCUUGCUUCUUCUAGGGUAUAGCUUGCCUCCUUAUGUUGUGCUUUACCAUUUAUUAUCCUUUGUAGUGCUGGAUUUGUAGAAAGAUAUUUUGUAAAUUUGGCUUUGUCAUGGAAUAUCUUGGUUUCUCCAUCUAUGUUAAUUGAGAGUUUUGCAGGAUACAGUAACCUGGGAUGGCAUUUGUGUUCUCUUAGGGUCUGUAUGACAUCUGUCCAGGAUCUUCUGGCCUUCAUGGUUUCUGGCGAAAAGUCUGGUGUGAUUCUGAUAGGUCUGCCUUUAUAUGUUACUUGACCUUUUUCCCUUACUGCUUUUAAUAUUCUUUCUUUAUUUUGUGCGUUUGGUGUUUUGACUAUUAUGUGACGGAAGGUGUUUCUUUUCUGGUCCAAUCUAUUUGGAGUUCUGUAGGCUUCUUGUAUGCCUAUGGGUAUCUCUUUUUUUAGGUUAGGGAAGUUUUCUUGUAUGAUUUUGUUGAAGAUAUUUACUGGUCCUUUGAGCUGGGAGUCUUCACUCUCUUCUAUACCUAUUAUCCUUAGGUUUGAUCUUCUCAUUGAGUCCUGGAUUUCCUGUAUGUUUUUGGACCAGUAGCUUUUUCCGUUUUACAUUAUCUUUGACAGUUGAGUCAGUGAUUUCUAUGGAAUCUUCUGCUCCUGAGAUUCUCUCUUCCAUCUCUUGUAUUCUGUUGGUGAAGCUUGUAUCUACAGCUCCUUGUCUCUUCUUUUGGUUUUCUAUAUCCAGGGUUGUUUCCAUGUGUUCUUUCUUGAUUGCUUCUAUUUCCAUUUUUAAUUCCUUCAACUGUUUGAUUGUGUUUUCCUGGAAUUCUUUCAGGGAUUUUUGCGAUUCCUCUCUGCAGGCUUCUACUUGUUUAUUAAUGUUUUCCUGUGUUUCUCUAAGGGAGUUCUUCACGUCUUUCUUGAAGUCCUCCAGCAUCAUGAUCAAAUAUGAUUUUGAAACUAGAUCUUGCUUUUCUGGUGUGUUUGGAUAUUCAGUGUUUGCUUUGGUGGGAGAAUUGGGCUCCGAUGAUGUCAUGUAGUCUUGGUUUCUGUUGCUUGGGUUCCUGCGCUUGCCUCUCGCCAUCAGAUUAUCUGUGGUGUUACUUUGUUCUGCUAUUUCUGCCAGUGGUUAGACCGUACUAUGGCCCUGUAGGCUAGGAGUGCUGUAGACCUGAUUUUUUGUUCUCUUUCAGCCAGUUAUGGGAAUAGAGCAUUCUGCUUUCACGCAUGUAGUCGUUCCUGUCUACUUGUCUUCAGGUGUUCCUGUGGGUGUAUGUCCUGAGUCCACCAGGCAGGUCACUUGGAGCCGAAGAGUUGUUCUUACCUCUGGUCUCAGGCCUGAAGCCGCUCCUCAGAGCUAGGUUUCAGCUCUCCUUGUGGGCAGCAACCAGAAGGGCUUUCCCCGCUUUCUCUUGGGACCCUGUGCACAGGGGGCUCAGAAGGCACUAGGCGUUUUCCUCUAGAGCCAAAAAUGUGGGCAGAGAGUAGUCUCCUCUGGCUUCCCGCGCAUGUCUGCCCCUCUGAAAGUCUAGCUCUCCCUCACACGGGAUUUGGGUGCAGGGAGCUAUUUGACCAGGUCCCUUCAGAUCCAGGUGGUGUCUCCUUCCUCAUCUUUUUUGAUGAGUUUUGGUUGAAAGUCAAUUUUAUUGGAUAUUAGAAUAGCUACUCCAACUUGGUUCUUCAGACUAUUUUUUUUGAAAGUUGUUUUCCAGCCUUUUACUCUGAGGUAGUUUCUGUCUUUUCUCUCAGGUAUGUUUCCUGUAGGCAGUAAAAUCCUGGGUCCUUUUUACGUAUCCAAUAUGUUAAUCCGUGUCUUUUUAUUGGGGAGUUGAGUCCAUUGAUGUUGAGAGAUAUUAAGGAAUAGUGAUUGUUGCUUCCUGUUACUUUUGUAUUUGGAGUUGGGAUUAUGUUUGUGUUCUUUUCUUCUUUUGGUUUUGUUGAAUUAGCUUAAUUUCUUGCUUUUUCUAGGGUGUAGCUUACCUCCUUGUGUUGGUCUUUGCCAUUUUUUAUCCUUUGUAGGGCUUGAAUUGUAGAAAAUAUUGUGUAAAUUUGGUUUUGUCAUGGAAUAUCUUGGUUUCUCUCUCAAUGGUAAUUGAUAGUUUUGCUGGAUAUAGUAGCCUGGGCUGGCGUUUGUGUUUUCUUAGGGUCUGUAUAACAUCUAUCCAGGAUCUUCUGGCUUUCAUACUCUCUGUUGAAAAAUCUGGUGUAAUUCUGCCUUUAUAUGCUACUUGACAUUUUUCCCUUACUGCCUUUAAUAUUCUUUGUUUUGUUCAUUUGGUGUUUUGACUACUAUGUGAGGGGAGCAAUUUCUUUUCUGGUCCAAUCUAUUUGGAGUUCUGUAGUCUUCUUGUAUGUUUAUGGGCAUCAGUUUCUUUAGGUUAGGGAAGUUUUCUUUUUUGAUUUUGUUGAAGAUAUUUGCUGGCCUUUUAAGUUGGGAGUCUUUGCUCUCUUCUAUACCUAUUAUCCUUAGGUUUGAUCUUCUCAUUGUUUCCUGGAUUUCCUGUAUGUUUUGGGCUAGGAGCUUUUUCCGUUUUACAUUAUCUGUGACAGUUGUGUCUAUGUUUUCUGUGGUAUCUUCUGCUCCUGAGAUUCUCUCUUCUAUUUUUUGUAUUCUGUUGGUGAUGCUUGCAUGUGUGACUUCUGAUCUCUUCCCUAGGUUUUCUAUCUCCAGGGUUGUCUCCCUGUGUGCUUUCUUUAUUGGUUCUCUUUCCAUUUUUAACUCCUGGAUUGUUUUGUUCAUUUCAUUCUCCUGUUUGGUUGUUUUUUCCUGUAGUUCUUGAAGGGAUUUUUGUGUUUCCUCUUUAAGGGCUUUUAGUUGUUUCCUUGUGUUGUCCUGUAUUUCCUUACUUGAGUUUAUUUAUGACCCUCUUCAAGUCCUCCAUCAUCAUGAUAAAAUGUGAUUUUAAAUCUAGAUCUUGCUUUUUCAGUGUGUUUGGAUAUCCAGUGUUUGCUUUGGUGGGAAAACUGGGCUCUCAUGAUGCCAAGUAGUCUUGGUUUCUGUUGCUUGGGUUCCUGUGCUUGCCUCUUGCUAUCAGGUUGUCUCUGGUGUUAGCUUGUCUUGCUGUUUCUGAUGGUGGCUUGACCCUCUUGUGGGCCUGUGUGUCAGCACUCCUGUAGACCUUUUUUCCUGUUUUCUUUCAGCCAAUCAUGGGAACAGAGUGUUCUUCUCUCAGGCGUGUAAUCGCACCUGGCGGUUGACUUUCAGCUCUCUGUGAGGGCAGUAACCGGAAGGGUCCUGCCCCUACUUUUCCUAGGUCCCUGUGCACAGGGGGCACAGAUGGCGCUAGGCAUUUUCCUCUUGGGUCAGGAAUAUGAGCACAGUUCUCAGGUGUGUCUGUACCUCUGAGGGUCUAUUUCUCCCCACCACGAGAUUUUGUUGCAGGGAGCUGUUUGAGCAGUUCAGUUCAGAUCCGGGCACAGAUCUGGACCAUGGGUCUCCUGAAGCUUGACUGCUACUAUAUUCCUGUGUCCAGAGGGACUAUAAAGUUUCCUCUUGGGCCAGGGAUAUGGGCAAAGGUGGGCAGUAGUGGCAGUCUGUCAUGCCUUGCAGUCUCAGGCUUGCCCACACUUCUGGGUGCUCAGCUCUCUCUCCCACAGGAUUUGGGAGCAGGGAGCUGUGGGCUGGGAUCUCAGAAGUUUGGGCCACAGCCAGAAAUCAGAUGUGCCCAGUCCCAGAGUACUUAUGCCUUUGUGUGUCCUUAGUCCACUUGGCAGGUCACUUGGAGCAGAAAAGUUGUCCUUACCUUUACUCUCAGCCCUGUAGUUGCUCUGGUGACUGGCUUUCAGCUCUCUGUGAGGGCAGCAACCUGAAGGGUCCUGCCCCUACUGCUCCUAGGUCCCUGUGCACAGUGGGCACAGAUGGCACUAAGCGUUUUCCUCUUGAGUCAGGAAUGUGAGCAAAGUUCUCAGGAGUUUCUGCACCUCUGAUGGUCUAGCUUUCCCCACCAUGGGAUUUGGAUCUAAUUUGAUCAUUUUAAGGUUACUGGCCAUUAACUUGCAUUUCUUAAUUAUCUUUAACAGUUUAUAUCAAAUUAGUAGACUUUUAAAAGAUUAGGAGUUUACAGAUUUUUCCUUGCUGAGUUUGGGCUUAAAAAAUUUGAAUAGAACACCCCUUAGCAUCAAAAUAAAACUUUAAACCAUAGAUACAGUCUUAAAGAUAAAGAGGUUAGAUAAAUAUUUUUAAGUUACUGUCUGCUAGCCUGAACAGACCUAAGGAAUUGGGAUAAACAUUCUGGGAGAUUUGGGUGAAGUCUACCUCUGUAGCAAAAGGUAGGUGAGGUUUGCUGCCACAGAUGGCCAAAAGGUCACUGGGUCAUUAAAAAUAUCCACUCCCAAAAUCCUGGGUGAAAAUCAGGUAUUUUAUCUCUUCCAGUGAGAAGAGAUCCCCCUUCUUUUUGUAAAAAUUGCUUUUAGUGUUUUACAGUCCAGUCAUUACCCCAUCAUGGUCUGCCCUCCCACAGUUCCUCAUCCCAUUUCUCUUCCCCCCUGUCUUCAAGAGGAUGUGCCCCAACCUCCCCAAGGCCUCCCCACUCCCUGGGACCUAAAGCUUCUUGAGGGUUAGGCCUGUCUUCUUCCAUUGAGGCCAGACUAGACAGUCCUCUGCUCUAUAUGUGUCAGGGGUGUGUGUGUGGGGGUCUUGGACCAGCUCUUGUAUGCUGCCUGGUUGAUGGCUCAGUGACUGAGAUCUCAGGGAUCUCGGUUGGUUGAGACUGCUGGUCUUCCUAUGGGGUGGCAGUCAGCUUCAGCUUCUUCCAGCCUUUCCCUAAUUCAACCACAGGGGUCCCAGACUUCAGUGUAAUAGUUGGGUGUAAGUAUCUGCAUCUGUCUCAGUCAGGUGCUUGUUGGGCCUCUUGUAGGCUAGCCUUGCUAGGCUCCUGUCUAUAAGCAUACCAUAGCAUCAGUAAUAGUGUCAGACCUUGGAGCUUCCCCUUGAGAUGGAUCCCACUUUGGGCCCAUCACUGGACCUCCUUUUCCUCAUCCUCUUCUCCCUUUUUGUUGCUGCAGUUCUUUUAGACAGGAACAAUUUUGGGUCAUAGUUUUGACUGUGGGAUGCCAACCCCAUCCUUCUACCUGAUGCUUUGCCUUUCUACUGGAGGUGGACUCUACAAGUUCCCUCUCUAGGCAUUUUAUCCCUCCCUUUGUGUCCUGAGAGUCUCUCACCUCCCAUGUCUCUGGUACAUUCUAGAGUGUUUCCCCACCUCCCCUGCCACGAGGUUGUAUAUUUCUAUUCAUUCUGGCCCUUGGGGCUUUUCUUCUCUGUCACCACCUCAUACCUGAUCAUGGUCCUCUUUUCUCUUUCCCCUUCCCUCUCCCACCCAGGUCCCUCCCUCCCUCUGCCUCCUAUGAUUGUUUUCUUCUCCCUCCCAAGUGGGAUUGAAGUAUCCUCACUUCAGGAGAAGAGGCCCUUUAAUGAUUAACAUACCAUUCCUCUUUUCCCUAAUGAAUAGGCUCAAGAGUCUUUGUGUCUCCAACAUAUGUCUAUCAGAUAUGAUACUUAGUUGCCUUAGAACUUAGUCUAUUAAUACUGAUAGUAUGAUAAUAAUAAAAUGCCUACAGUUUGUGGGAAAUAAAACCACCUACAUAAUUUUUAAUCUUCUCUUAAGAUAGAGUUUAGUAUCAAUUUAUAUUAUAUAUUUUUUUAUAAAUUUUUUAACAAAAACAUGACAUAGUGGUACAUGCUUUAAUGCCAGCAUUUGGGAGACUGAGGGAGGCGGAUUUCUUGAGUUCCAGUCCAGGCUGGUCUAUAUAGUGAGUUCCAGGACUGUCAAGACUAUGUAGAGGCCUUUUGUAGUGCUUUGAAUAUGAAUGGUUCUCAUAGGCUCAUGUAUUUGAAGGCUUAGCCACUCUAUGAUAAGAUUAGAAAUAUUAGGAGGUGUGAUGUUGUUAGAAUAAGUAUGUCACUGGGGAUGGACUUUUAGGGUUCAAUUCAUGACAGGUCCAGGUUCUCUCUACUUGUGGAUCAGGAUUUACAGAGCUCAGAUACUACUCCAGUGCUUGUCUGAGUGCUACCUUGCUACUUGCCAUGAUGAUAAUGGACUAAACCUCUGAAACUGUAGGCAAGCCCCCAAUUAAAUGCUUUGUUUUAUAGAGUUGCUAUAGUCAUGGUAUCUCUUCAUAGCAAUAGAACAGUAACUAAGACAGAAGUCGGUACCAGGAACUUCUAUGACAGGAAUGGUCAUGCUGUUUGUUGGAGGAGAAUUUGAUGUAAGACACUACCAGAAACUCACAGAACCUAACUAAGAAGAAACUAAGGGAUUUUUGUUGUUGUUUGUGUUUUUAGGUGUGAGAAAAUUUAAGCCUGGCCUCCAUAAACAGUCAUGCAUAUGGUUCACACAUAUGUGGCAGGAAAAAACACUCAUACACUAAAAUAAAUUUUAAAAGUGCAAUCAAAAUAGUAAUAAAUAGCAUGGUAUAAUAUAAGAAAAUGUUCAGAAAUUGAAUUGACCUUUUUUUUUUUUUUUUGGUUCUUUUUUUCGGAGCUGGGGACCGAACCCAGGGCCUUGCGCUUCCUAGAGUUUCAGCAUAUGCUGAAGACCAUACCAUCUGAGACAUUCAGCCUCAUGGACUAAGCAACUACCAGAUUCUCGAACCUUCUAUUCACAGCUAGCCAUUUUUGGAUUAUCUGGACCACAGCCUUCCAGUCGUUAUCCACCUCCUGGUCUAUCUUCUGACUGUUCUUUAUCCCAUACCUCCUCCCCCAUCUCCAAGAGGAUGUCCCACCUCCCACCCCUACCCCAGCAGACCUCCUCACUCCCUCCAGCUUCCAAGAUUUGGACCACUUUCAUUUACCUGAAGAGAAUAUCUUCUGAUCCUAGAAGAGCCUGUUAAGUCUGCAGACUUCAACAGAAUCAGAGAAUCUCGACAGAACAGAAUUACCAACAAGAGAGCCCAGGGAUAGCAUUAACAUGUUGGUUACUAAAGAUCUAACUCAGCCAUGGAGACAUGCCAAGGCCUAUGAGGUCCCAGUGUCAUUUGAGGAUGUGGCAGUAGAUUUCAGUAGAGGGGAAUGGCAGCAAUUGAACUCUUUUCAAAGAUGCCUGUACCAGGAUGUAAUGCUGGAGAACUACAGUCACCUCCUCUCAGUGGGGCUUAAAGUUCCCAAACCAGAAGUCAUCUUGAAGUUGGAGCAAGGAGAGGAACCCUGGACAUUGCAGGAGGUAGCCCCAUACCAGAACUUUUCAGGUGGGAAGUUUAGGAUUAAUAACUCAGAAAAAAGAAUUUCUGAAAAAGUUACAAUUUAUGGUGAAACAGUGGAUGAAGAUUCAAGAGAUGAUUCAUUGUAUUCCAUCUUAGAAGAAAUGUGGCAAGGUGCUGAUUGGAUGAAAAGAUACCAAGGAAAACAGUUCUCCCCUUUGAGCCAUGCUGCUUUUAGUAAGAAAAUAUUGAACACCGAGAGAGUUUAUGAAUGCACAGAUAUUGAAAAGCAUGUACACCUCAAACCAAAUGUUGUUCCUUCACAGAAAAGAAUCCAUAAAAAAGAUUCAUUUGGAAAGCAUUUUAAGCAUAAUUUAGACUUACAUAUUCCUAAUAAAAACAAAGCAACAAAGAUUUCUGACCAAAAAAUUAGCCACAGGCAAGAUUUUGCCCACAGUACUUCUUAUACUAACCUUGAAAAUCCACAUAUGGGCACAGAAUUCUGUGAAAGUCAGUAUGGAAAUGCCAUCAGAUUCAAGCAAGCACAUAGACAAAGUAUGAUAUUUCCUACUGGGGAAAGGCUAAAACCAUGUGAUGCAUUUGGAAUGAACCUCACCCAAAAAUCAUAUACCUUCACUUCUUCCAGAAUUCACAAUGUGGAAAAACAUCCUGAACUUAGCAAAUGCACAAAUGUUUUUACACAGAAGCCGCUACUCAGUAUAUGUCUGAGAUUUCAUAGAGAUGAAAAACUAUACAUAUGUACUAACUGUGGGAAGGCAUUCAUCCAGAACUCUGAAUUAAAGAUGCAUGAGAAAACCCACACUAGAGAAAAAUUGUACACUUGCAGUGAAUGUGGAAAAUCAUUUUACCAGCUGCCAUCUCUACAUAGGCAUCAAACUAUCCAUUCUGAAGAAAAAUUCUGUUCAUGCAGUGAAUUUGGGAAAGACUUCUCCUUGAGUUCAGCUCUCAAUAUCCACCAGAAAAUCCAUACCAGGGAGAGACAUCACAAAUGUAAUGAGUGUGGGAAAGCCUUUACCCAAAAGUCAACACUCCGAAUGCAUCAGAGAAUUCACACAGGAGAGAGAUCUUAUAUAUGUACUAAAUGUGGACAGGCUUUCAUACAGAAGGCACAUCUGAUUGCACAUCAAAGAAUUCAUACCGGAGAAAAACCUUAUCAAUGCAGUGACUGUGGAAAAUCCUUCCCCUCUAAGUCCCAACUUCAGAUGCAUAAGCGAAUUCACACAGGAGAAAAACCCUAUAUAUGCACAGAGUGUGGGAAAGCUUUCACCAACAGAUCAAAUCUCAAUACUCACCAAAAGUCUCAUACUGGAGAGAAAUCUUACAUAUGUGCUGAAUGUGGGAAGGCCUUCACUGACAGGUCAAAUUUCAAUAAACACCAGACCAUUCAUACUGGGGAAAAGCCCCAUGUUUGUGCCAGUUGUGGGAGGGCCUUCAUCCAGAAGUCACAGUUAAUUACACAUCAGAAAAUCCACAUUAUGGAGAAGCCAUAUAAAUGUCCUGACUGUGAGAAAUCCUUCUUCAAGAAACCACAUCUCAAAGUACACCAGCGAAUUCACACAGGAGAGAAACCAUAUAUAUGUGCAAAAUGUGGGAAGGCCUUCACUGACCGGUCUAAUUUCAAUAAACACCAGACAGUUCACACUGGGGAUAAACCCUAUAAAUGUAGUGAAUGUGGAAAGGGGUUUACUCAGAAAUCAGUUCUUAGUAUCCAUAGAAAUAUUCAUACCUGAGAGUAACCCUGCUUCAUCAAAACAAGAUAGCCUUAUUGUAGAAGUCAAAUCUAAGUGUACAUUAUAAGAUUCAUCUAAGACAGACUUUGUGUAAAUGCCCUGUACAAAACAUAUCACCUGAGAUGAGAAAAGUUGUUUUGAAAAGACCCUUUAAGAAUACAUUGAAAAAGGAGGAAUUUUUAUAUUUGCAUGGCCUCACAAAGCAGAAUUCAUAUUGGGAAAGAUGUUAGUUUAAUACAUUAAGAAAUGUCUUUCUAUAGGAAGUACUACAAAGUAAAUUGUUACAAAAUUCUUUUUUAGAAAGAUAUUAUGGGGGCUGGAGAGAUGGCUCAGUGGUUAAGAGCACUGCCUCCUUUUCCAGAGGUCCUGCAUUCAAUUCCCAGCAACUACAUGGUGGCUCACAACCAUCUGUAAUGGUAUCUGAUGCCCUCUUCUGGUGUGUCUGAAGACAGCUACAGUGUACUCCUAUAAAAUAAAUCUUUAAAAAAAGAAUAGAAAUUUUGCAAGUUUCAGUAAUGUAAGUAAUCAAACAUAACAUCAAAAAGAAUGAUAAAGCAACAGAAUGUAUUUGAUGUGUAAAAUUCUCAGUUCUGUAGAGUUUUUGUGGUGAAAUAUGCUGUGUAACAGGAAUAAUCAAAGUUCCUUUUCAAAAUUAGAAUGAUUGUGUCUUAUCAAUUUUUUGCCACUGAACAUUUCUUUUAAGCAUACCCAUAAAUCAAAAGUCAUUUUGCUUUUGUGUACAUAAACAUCUGCAGGUAGGAUUUUGUAUGGUAACAUAAAAUGAUCCUGUUAUACAGUUUGCUGAACAUGAAAUAAUAUUCUUCUUUCAUUUGGUAGCCACAGAUGUGUGUGUAUAAGAUUUUCUCCUAGGUUUCCCUUUUUAUUGAACAGAAGAGCAAAUGUCUUUGAUUUUAAUGUGUUCAAUUUAUUUUAUUUGUAAGUGUUCUGAAUUUUUAUAGGCUACAGUGUGAUGUUUUAGUAUAUUCGCAUAUUUGAUCAGCUCAAAUUACUUAACAUUAUCUUUCAUCUCAAAUACUUAUCAGUUUUACAUAAUGAAAUUAUUCAAAAUAAUUUCCUGUGGCUAUUUUGAACUGCAUGAUGUCAUAUUGCUUACCACAAUUCCACUUUGUGUAAUUGAACACCAAAACUUGCUCCUUUAUUGAUGUUGUUCCCAUUAAUCAAUCUCUCCUUAUUAUCUUUUCUUCCCUGUGUUUCCCAGCUAGGUACUUUUUAUGAAUGCCCUUUUGUAGUGUGAUAUUUUUGUUAAGAAGUAGCUUCUUUCUGCUCCUUGACUUUUAAAUCUGACUAUGACUGGCUUUGGCCAUAGGAUCUUAUGAAAGAGAUUUUAACAGGGGCUUGAGAAACGUGAAAGCCUGCCUCAAGGUUUACUGCUCUUUGAAAUCCCAAAAGUCUCACAUCAUCCUACUAGGAGAUUAAGAAAACCACACAGAGUAGAGCAAGCAAGCUCACCUGAUAUCUGAUCGGCCAAAUAGCUUGCCAACUGUUAGACAUGAGGCCUUAUUAGAUUUCUAGUCCUAUCCAAGACAGUCCUACUCAGAACAGACAUAUCCGUUAUUCCAACCAAACUGGCAUUUUGAGAUAAAUAACCACCAUUUUAAACAGUUGCAUAUUUGAUUGCUUUGUUACAUUGCAAAUGCUACAUAAUACAUAAAAGGAUAUUAUAUCCCACCAUAAUCUGACAUUGGCUUUGGUCCUGGGCAUCAGGUGGAGAUCAGAAUGAGGAAAACUUAGUAAAAUGUAGCUCACAUUAUUUAGUGUGGUAAAACACCGAAAAUAUUCUCUAGGAAGAUACAGAACAUGCCAAUUGAACUUUUGGACCUGACUUAGGAGAUUUCUGAGAGAAUAAUACAAGUAUUACUUUGCUACUUUUAGCUACAUAUAAUAAAGUACAGAAAAGAGAUGAAUGAAAGAAAUAGCUGUUCCAACUGGCAAGCAGAAUCAAAAGAAAUAUGAAAAAGACUUGAAUAUUUGAGAAAUAACUGUUUCUCAUAGGUAAUCACCCAGUCAUCAAAAUAUCUUCAAGGUCUAAACAGUCCUGGGGUAAAGGUCAGUGAUGGAUGUGUCUGUACAACGUGUAGAACAUUUCAUUGGUGCUAAAUUAGUGAGCACUUCUAUGUAAUAUUCCAUGGUACUUUGAGGAACUGUUCUAAAGAGAGAGGGGCUUUAUAUGAUUCACAGAUGUGGCAUUUGUGUCAUGGCUAGCUCAAACAAGAUCCAUAGAAAACUAAAGGAAUUUUUACUUUUGAAAUUUCCUCAAGAUUGCUUUUUAAAGUGACUGAAAUAAUUAAAACUUAAAUGUGGUCUGGACUGCCUUACCUAAAUUAGCAUCUACAGAAGGAUAUGAGCUGAAAAAUCUACUAAUCUAGUUAUAAAUAUGGAUUCUUUCUUGUGGGAAAUGAAGAAAGUCUUAUAAGACCCUAGUAUAAUAUUUAACAUUCCAAAAUCCAUGUUUGCUCACAACUGCCUGUAACUCCAGUUCCAAGGGGAUGGCCUCUGGCACUCAUGGUACCUGCACUUGUGUUCAUAUAUAACUAUCCAGACACCCAUACACAUAAUUAAAAUAUUAAAUAAUUAAUAAAUAUACAGUUGUCUAACUACAGAUUAUAUUUUCAAAACUGUUUUGUGGAGCCUGGAAGAUGACAGAACUGUGAAUUUCACACAAUAAUGGUAAUGAACUGUAGCUGAGUUUUUGGUGCUUGGACAGAAAGUGUAUUUUUGUGUGGGAAAUAUAAGACUUUAAAUGAGUAAAAAUCUCUACAUUACAAAAACAAUGAAUGUCAGCUUAGGAUAAGAGAAAAAAGCCUGGACUGGAGAGAUGGCUCAGCAGUUUAGAGCGCUGACUAUUCUUCCAGAGGUCCUGAGUUCAAUUCCUAGCAAUCAGAUAGUGGCUCACAACCAUCUCUAAUAGUCAUCGAUGCCCUCUUCUGGUGUGUCUGAAGACAGCAACAGUGUACUCACAUACUUGAAAUAAAUAAAUCUUUAAAUAAAAAGAGAGAAAAGUCUUGCAGUUAACUGGACAUAGACAAAAUAUCAAUACAUAAAAGACAAUAAACCUUACUUUCCCUAGUCUUUCAGCAGUGAUAAAAUGCUAUAAAGCAUAAUUACAUCCCUUCCCUUUCUGUGACUACUGUUUUCUCAGUGAUGUCACCAAAUGUCUUCUACCUAUUUUUAGGAAUUUCCCAUUACUGAGCUUACUUAACAUUCUACAUCUAGGGUUGCAUCUGUGUCAUUGCCCUACAACCCUUGAGACUUAGCUCCUGCCUUACAUUCCACUUGUGAAUUUGAACUCUGCAUCCUUGCUGACAGCCAGAGUUCUGCUUCUUUGCAUGGGAUGUGCCACCCAGGCUUAACACACAGCCGAUACUGCUUCCAUUCUCCUCUAGCAUGAUCACUGCCACACUAGCCUGCAGCUCUCUACAACCUCAACUAAUUGACAAUUCAGGGACUUCUCUACAUGCCCCAUAUGAAGAGUGAGGCCUGAAACAAUUUUGUCUACAGUGGGUGGGGCAUGGGGGCAAUGCAUUUUGCCUAAUAGAGAUAUGUGUACAUUGUACAUAGUGAGUGGGGCAUGUAGUGUGAAGUGGGAGUUUUUUCAUGAGGGGUUGUUUAUGGUGGGUGAGCAUUUAUGUAGUGGGUAAAGUGUGCAAGGGCAAUGAACAGAGCAUGUAGAUGCUUUACAUUGUGGGCAGGACUUGAGGGCAUUUUAUAGAGUAUAAACAGAAGCUGUAAGUUGUAGGCUUGGCAUGCAAGGUUGUUCUGCCAGUUUUGGCGAGUCCCAAGUGAAAAUGCAGGCCAGUGUCUGUGUGUUAAAACUGGGUGGACUUGAUGUGGCUAAUCUUGGUUGUUAAUAUGACUUUGUCCGAAAUUAAUUGAAAUGACUAGUCAUACCAGUUAGGGAUUUUUUUUUUUUUUUUUUUUUUUUUUUUUUUUUUUUUUUUUUUUUUUUGGAGCUGGGGACCGAACCCAGGGCCUUGCGCUUCCUAGGCAAGCGCUCUACCACUGAGCUAAAUCCCCAACCCCAGUUAGGGAUUUUUCUAAAAGUCAUUUGAAGUGAGGAGACCCAUUUUUAAUCUAUUUUUUAAUUGCUUUACAUCUCAAUAUCAGUUCCCCCUGUUACUCCCUCACACAGAUCCCCCAAACCCCUUCUCCUCUGAGAAGGGGGAGCCCCCAUGGGUAUCACACCUCCUAACUUAACAAGUCACUGUAGAAAUAGGCACAUCUUCUCCCACUGAGGCCCACUUAGGGGAACUGGAUCCAUAGGCAGGCAACACAUUGUGGGACAGCCCACUCCAUUUGUUAGGGGACCUGCAUGAAGCCCAAGGUUGACUUCUACUACACAUGUGCAGGGGAACCUAGGUCCAGUCCAUGCUUGCUCUUUGAGUGAUAGUUCAGUCUGGGAGCCCCCAAAGUCCAGGUUAGUUGACUCAGUUGGUGAAAGACCCAUUUCUAAUCCAGAGCUUUGAGGUGAGAAGAUCCAUCUUUAAUAUGGACCACAUCUUCUGCUGGCAGCCUACAUAAAGGAAAUGGAAGAAGGAAGCUCUCUCUUGCCAACUUGCUUUUGCUCCCCUUAGGAAGAACAUUCCUUCACUGGCAUUAGAGCCUGCUUCUUUGGAAUUUUGAUGUAUACUGGAAACCAGCUGAGAUGAUAUCCAGCUUCAUGGACUGAACAACUACUGGAUUGGACCUUCCAUUUAUAGGCAUCCACUGUUUGAUUAGCUGGACCACAGCCUAUAUAUUCUAAUACACACCCUUUCUCUCUCUAUCGAAAGAUUAGUUCUGUACGUUCUGUCACUUUAGAGAACUCUGACUGAUUUUGGUUCCAGAAAUGGUUCUAGGACAACAUAAGUACCUUUCCAAUUUGUCAACACCUACAUUUACUGAAUCCUCUCCAGUUACCAAAACCUCUUCAGGGAGCUCAGACAAUACUGAAAACCCAUGGGGUGAAGUAUUUAACAAACUUAAGGAGACAAGUGCAUUUGUUUAUCUUGAUUCACCAGUUGUGAUAGGCAGUGGAUUAUGUGACUCUGUAUAUAAUAUUUUUGACAAUUUUUGGAAAAAUGGGGAAAUUGUGAUGCUGGUCUGUUGACAAAGGAAAAGAAUGAGCUCCAUGAUAAAAUUAACCAACAUCUAGCAUCUCAGGAUAUGGUGAAGGAUAACAAUGAACUCUGAUAAAAUUGACUAGUUCUAAAUGUGCAUAAACAGCCUAAAGAUUUCUAAGUAUUUUCUAAGAAAACCUCUCUAGCAUCCGCAAGAAUCAAGUGAAAAAUCAAACUGAAGGCCCUAUUAAUAAGGUUGGUUGAAUUACAGUGAGGAUUCAAGAAUCAGCCUCAGAAAAAAACCAGCUGUUAAAGUCAGGGCAUUGAUUGAUAUAGAAUGGGAUCCUGUAACUUGAGAUGUAGGUUAUGGGAGGACCCUAUGAACUUGAGAGCUUUCAACCCUCAGAUUCUCAAGGAAUUAGUCUCUCAACCCUUAGCAGAAAACAUACUCACAUACUCAUAUCCCAACUCCUAAAAUAUUGCCUUUUCCCUUUUGACUGAAGAAAUUAAUCCUUCAUGUCUGUUAAACCAGCAGUCACUUUCACUGAAGUAGAUACCAGGCAAGACAAUACUGAUAUCACUCAGGGCCCAACAAUAGUUGCUUCUAGAUCCAUUAUCAGACUCAAGGAAAAAGUAGGCUUCUACAGGGGAGGUAGAAAGUGUAGUCCAUGAAGAGGUAUGCUACACUACUAAAGCUUAUUGAGCAAUUAAGCAAUUUGCAUAAUUAGCAAACUGAAAUCUGGAGAAUCAAGCAGAAAUCUGGAGAAUAUGUAUGGGAAUGGAUUUUAAGGGUGUGGGAUGAUGGUAGAAGGAACAUAUACUGGAUCAGGCUGAGUUUAUUGAUAUAGGCCCUUUGAGAGUGGAUUCUAGAUUCAAUAUGAAAGCUUACACAGUUAAAGGUAUAAAGGUAUGUUUGGUUGGCUGAAGCAUUAUCAUAUCAAAAGAUGGUCUACUGAAAAGGAGUUGGAGAUGCUUACUAUUCCUUGGAUUAGGGUUGAUGAAGAAAUUUUAAGGUUCAGGGAAAUUGCAUUACUAGAGUUUGUAUACUGUGAUACCUAAUCCUCCAUAACAGGAAGGUCCUUUGCUAAUCCUAUAAGACAAAAAAUGGUGAGAGAGGUGCCAGGAUAUUUUAAGAGCUUUGUUAAAGAAUUAUCUUUAUGUUAGAAGAACAUAUCCUGCAUACUAGAAAAAACUACUCUUGACUAUUAAUAGUUUAUUAGGGGCUUAACAGAAGUGACCUACUAUAGUAGUGUUGUGCCAAACUGGGUUAUAGGCUUUUUGUGGAAAGGAAAGGAGUUGAGGGUUUCAUUAAAAAGUACUUUGUGCUUUAUACUCAUUCAUUCAAAGAGAGUCUCAAUUGCUCUUUAUUUACAAAGAGUUAAUGCAGUAUCACAAUAUUUCUCAAUGCAUGUGUUGUAACAGAAGAAAGAUUUUAUAUUUUAAAAUGAAAAAGUUCCUCUUUCUCCACAUUUUCGCUAGCAUGUGUUGUCACCUGAGGUUUUGAUCUUAGCCAGGCUGACUGGUGUAAGGUGGAGUCUCAGGGUCGUUUUGGUUUGCAUUUCUCUAACCUCUAAGGACUUUAACAUUUCUUUAGGUGCUUCUCUGCCAUUCGAGAGUCCUCUAUUGUGAAUUCUCGGUUUAAUUCUAUACCCCAUUUUUUGAUUGGAUUGUUUGGCUUUUUGGUGGUAAGCUUCCCAUUGCUAGUGGGAUUCAAACUGCUACAACCAUUCUGGAAAUCAAUUUGGAGGUUCCUUAGAAAAUUGGAAAUAGACCUACCUAAAGAUCCAGAAAUACCACUCUUGGGAAUAUACCCCAAAGAUGCCCCACCAUGCCAUAGGAGCACAUGUUCCACUAUGUUCAUAGGGGCCUUAUUUGUGGUAGUCAGAAGCUAGAAACAACCCAGAUGUCCCACAACAGAAGAAUGGAUACAGAAAAUGUGGUUCAUUUACACAAUGGAAUACUACUCAGUAAUUAAGAACGAGGACAUCCUGAAUUUUGCAGGCAAAUGGAUGGAACUAGAAAAUGUCAUCCCGAGUGAGGUAACUCAGACCCAAAAGGACAUGCAUGAUAUAUUCUCACUAAUAAGUGGAUAUUACAGAAUACCCAAGAUAAAGUCCACAGAACUCAUAAAGGUCAAUAAGCUGAAGGCCCCAAGUGAGAACCACCUCAGUUCCACUUGGGAGGGAGAAGAAAGCAACCAAAAGGUGGGAUGGAGAGGGGGGGACAGCGGAGAGAAAGGGGAUGCAGUAGGGGGAGAGGGGAACAUGAUCUGGUAUUGGGUAGGGGAGAAGGACUGAAGCCCUGAGGGCCAGCAGAAAGAAUGGAAACAAGAAAUCUUGGGAGGAAGGAGGUUAGAAAGACCCUCUAGAAUGUACCAGAGACCUGAGAAGUGAGAGACCCUCAGGACUUAAAGGGAGGUACCCUAGAUGAAAGCCCUACAGUGGGUAGAUGGAAUGUAUUGAGUCCACCUCCAGCAGAAAGACAAGGCAUCAAGUGAGGCAUGGGGUUGCUAUCUCACAGCCAAGGCUCUGAUCCAUAAUUCUUCCUGUCUGAAAGAAAUGCAGGGAUGGAAAUGGAGAAGAGCCUGAGGACAAGAAGGUCCAGCGACAGGCCCAAAGUGGGUUCCAGCUCAAGGGGAGGCCCCAAGACCUGACACCAUUACUGAAGCUAUGGGACAUUCACCAAAAGGGGCCUACUAUGACUGCUCUCCAAAAGACCCAACAAGAUGCAGAUAUGUGCACCAAACCAAUGAACAGAAGCUGCUGACCUCUCUGGUUGAAUUAGGGAAAAGCUGGAGGUAGCUAAGGACGAUGGCCACCCUGUAGGAGGACCAGCAGUCUCACUUAGCCUGGACCCCUGAGAUCUCUUAGACACUGGAUCACCAACCAGGCAGCAUACACCAGCUGAGAUGAGGCCUCCAACACAUAUAUAACAGAGGACUCCUGGGUCUGGGUUCAGUCAGAGAAGAUGUACUUGACCCUCAAGAGUUUGGAGGCCCCAGGAAGUUUGAGGUCUGGUGGAGUGGGUGGGGUGGGGAUAUCCUUGUGGAGACGGGGUGGGAGGGGGAUUGGGGGAGGGUGGGUAAGAGGUAUGGGAUGUGGAACCCUCAGGGGGUGGACUGGGAGGGGAAUAAAAUCUGGAGUGUAAAAAUGAAUGAAUAAAAGGAAACUUACUGCAGUACGUUUGAUGGCUAUUUAAAAGAUUACAGGAUCUUUCUGUUAGCAUUCUGUCUAAGCUCCACCCCCACAGUUACCUGGCAACAGCCAGGCAUGCCUGGCCCUAUAAAAGGGGCUGCUUGCUCCCUCCUCACUCUCUUGCUCUUUCUCUCUCUCUCUCUCUUUUUUUUUUACCCUCUUUCCCCUUUGUCCCUUCUCUCCCCAUUCCCCAACCCCCUUCUUUCCACGUACUCAUGGCUGGCCUGUACUCUUCUCUCUUGUCCCUCUCCCUUGUCUCAUCCUUUCAUUAAACCUUUCCACAUUGAACUGUG